AUGUCUCUAGCUGUUGCUGCAAAGCAAACUGGUGGACUACUUAUUUGUAUUGGUCAUGAAGAUCUUAUAGAAAAAAGCAAAGGGUUGUUUAUGAAAAAUAGCCUCGAAAACGUGAUCAAAUUUAUCUAUGGAAAUCCUUGCGAAGUGAUCAAGCAGUACAAAAAUAUUGAUUUUGCAGUUAUUGAUUGCAAAUUUCAAGAUUACUUGAAAAUAUUCAAGACCAUAAACCUUAACCCAAUUGGGUCUACAAUGGUUGUGAAUAAUUUUCACCAUAGGAAAGAUGGGAUAUCAUUUGCUGAAGUUGUUGAGGGAAAGAAUUUUGGAGUUAAAUCUGUUACUCUUCCUAUAGGAGAAGGAAUGCAUUUCACAAGAAUUGGAUCAACUAGUAAGCGAGAGAUCAACAGGAGAUACAAGAGAUUUCAUGUAACCUAUGAGAACUGA